CUAUAUAACCCAUCCGGACCGUCUCCCACAGGGUGUGUCCAAGAAGGAAAAACAGAAAGCUCACGAACCGUUUUGGCUCGUGUAUCGCGGUUUGAGCUGCCUCAUGUUCAGGAAUGACGCCGUACUCAAUAUGUUAAUAAUGCGUAUGAAGCCUUGACGAAUAUGGUCCAUUGCAAGCCGCACUAGCAAUACGGUCUCUAGCCCCCAUCGACAGCAAUGGACGAUACACCUACUGCAGGCCCACCGAACACGCAUGAGCCUUUCAGCGGCUUUGCCUUUGCCAAUCCUUUUGAGCUCUUCAGCUUAUCCGUCAGCAACCUACCACCAUUGACGGAGCAAGGUAUAAAUAAGUUAAUGCAGAUCUUCCAUUGCAGUGGAUGGCAUCGUAAAUGGCCCCCGAAGCUUGAAAGUUCUCAUGAAGUCAGGGUGCCUGUUGCCAAGCCGGCGAACAUUCAGUGGGAUCUCGCGGACCAGAACGCUGCGGGUACACCGAAUCGUGGGAUAUUACACCGGCCGACAAAACGAGAUUUGACGAUAUCCUCGACUCACAGAGUCAAGGGUACAUUGAAGGUGGGACUGCCGCCCGAUUCCUCCACCAGUCAUCCUCACGAAGAUUUGGGUGGCAGACACGGAUAACGAUGGCGGGCUGACGAGGGAAGAGUUUGC